AUGUCUCUUGACACCAUUCUGGAUCCCACCUCUACCUCCCCUUUCUCAGACAUCGAUGGCUUCUCUCCCUCCCGUUCGCUCUUCCUCAAGAAGCGAAGUUGCGUCUCAUGCACAUCCGUCCCAACAUGUCCAGCCUGCGCAUCCGGCUACUCAUGUACCAUGACAGCCCAGACCUGUGACAGCUGCUCGACCACCAAAUGUAUCGCCAACACUAGCAGCUCCAGCUCACCCCCCAAGAGCAGCACCAAUGUGGGGGCCAUCGCCGGUGGUGUUGUUGGAGGUGUAAUUGCUCUUGCCCUCAUCCUCUUCCUGAUCUGGUGGUUUGUUAUUCGCAAACGACGCAAUCAGCAAGCCGAGGAGAAAGAUCAUAGCGCCUUCAACGCCACCCGAGAUAGUCGCAAGUCGACCCAAUCCAUCGCCUCGACCGUCCUCACCCGUGCCUCCAACGUCAUUCAGAUUGCGUACAUUCCUGGUGUCACCAACCGCUCCCCUCCGGAAACUCCUGCAACGCUGGUGCCCCCUGUACCCCCUCUCCCGGGUGCAAGCCCUGACCAACAUUUCUUCAUGCCGGGUGAUCUGCGUGACUCGUCUUGGACCACCAUGACCGGCCACCAGAGCAUCUCGCCCACCCUACGGAGCAGUGUUGCGACCACCAUCUACCGCAAUGACGCGAUUGUCAGCGCCGUCCCGGCACAGCAGAUCCAGCGUUCUCGGGCCAACAUCGUCAGCGUUCACAAUGGUCCCGGCUCCGGUGACAACGCUCCGGACCAGCCUGUUCCAGUCAUGAUCACCCCCAAGGAUGCCCCCGCCGUCCCAGCCAUCACCUCCUCCCAACUAGCCCGAGCGGAAGCUAUGCAGCCGGGCGGUAGCUCGAUUGUGGCCCGUACAGUGAUGGCCAAGCCAGUGAUGGUCCGUGGAGUUUCAGUGAAGAAGAAGGACGGUCAGGGCAAGACAAAUGUGUCUGUCAAAGAGGUGUCGGCGGAUGAACAGUCGACUUCAGCAAAAUCCACAGAAACUAGCCAACAAUUCGACCAUCAAAAAUCUACAUUCGACGGCAACUCGUCAGAUGAAGAAGAUGACGAGACUCACCCCUCAUCCACCACCGUCAUUUCAACAAGCGCAAAGACCACUCCAGUCAACACCGUGUCCAUCCCUAAGAACCCCAGCCCCUUCCAAGACGAGCCCAGCUCAGACUCCACCUCGGCAGACAACCAGCGCAGUUCCAGCCACAGCGACCGCGUACCGCCCGCGCGUGUGCAGAGUCCGUUCUCCGAUGCCAAUGAGGUCAAAUGA